GCAAUAAAUCAAAAUAUAGUAACGACGCCAAGCACCCCGAGACAUGGUGCUCCGCCAACUCUGCUUGUGCGGCCUGUGCAUCUGCCUCCUCCUGGGCGACGCCUUUGGCGCCGGCGGGCAAAUCCCGACGCCGCAAGAUGGCGUCGUCCUCGCCAGCGGUGAUUGCUACAAGACGGCGACGAGUGUGCCGAGUUGGUGCUCGGGAGAGUUCAUCCAGGCGCUCUUCGACGGCGCCAAGAACAUCCACAUCAAAGGCUCCUGCUGCGCGUUGCUCUCCUGCGUCGGCGAAUCGACGUGCGCCUCCGUGCUCCGCGACGUCUGCCCGCCCCCGGCGAAGGGGGUCGAUUGGCCGUGUCCGCCGCACCAGGAUGGCCGUGUGUACUAGGCUAACUAAUAAACUCAGACUACGGAUCCUAGUUCCCGACAUGCAUACAUAUUGCGUACGCCGGACAUCUACUUCUUGUCGUUCGUGGAGGAUGUAUGAUGGAUUCGAACAUAUA